AUGCUGAAAAACUACUGCAAAAGCAGAGAAUUAUUGAGACUAAAAGUGUUUUUUAUUUGGCAAUUAACUCCGGUAGCCAGAAAUAAUAAGAAAAGAAGAGUCAGGCAACUUGUGGCUCAAUCGGUGGAAGGACUGAAGGAGUUUGAGCCCAUCGAGAUUAAGUUCACUGUACAAGGACGUGAAGUUGUCAUUCCACUUGGACACGAUGCUGGUGACGAGAAAGAUAACUCCACUUGUCGGACGACGCAGCAUGUACUUGUGGCGAAAGAUAAAGGCUUGAUUUCAGACGAGGCAUACCAUGAGUUGAGGAUGGCCUUACCAGACGAGGAAAGAGAGAUUCUUCCGCCAAUCAGUGUUCUGAAACAGGAGAGGAACAGGCAAAAUGGGAUCAUUGCCUUGUAUUCAAUACCAGAGGUCAGUGAAAACAAAUGUACCUUAUUUUAACUACAUGUACCUAACUACCAAAGCCAAGCGAGACUAAAG